AGCAGUACAGUGUGUACACCUGCAUGGACUUCUUCCUGUGCUGAACGUCUCUUGGCUCCUCCAACUACGUUUGCUCGAAACUGGGAAAGUCGCCCAGCCUCCGCCUGUAGGUUGAACUCCACCUGGGACAACGGGCUGCGAUCAUCCAACAACGGCAAUGAGAAAAUCAAAAUGAGGACAUGGAGGCGACGUCGCUGACUCUGGAUCUUUGUUUCACUUUGACCGUCUGAAUGGAUUCAGCUUCGGACAUGCAGACAUAGACUCAUGAAAUAUACUGGACAGAGUCUCUGAGGAGAUAAGAGGAAGCAGAUCUUUUGCAAAGACGCUGAGGUUUGGACUGAGCUCCCUCAGCCAAUGGCUACAGUAGAAAACAAAGUUGCCGGGGGCGGCGGCAGCAGUGCUGCGGGUCUGUCGUGGGCGCGAGUAUGCAAGGAGUGUGGCCAGCAGCACGAGGGCCAGGACAGCCACCUGUAUGAGUACCAGGAUGAGGUGGACGACGAGCUGGUCUGCCACAUCUGUCUGCAGCCCCUGCUCAAACCUAUGGACACCCCUUGUGGGCACACGUACUGCUUUCACUGUCUGAGCAACUUCUUGAAAGAGCAGGAUUUCUGCCCCGUGGACCGCCAGCGGCUGCAGUUACAUCAAUGCCGUCCCUCCAGCCUGCUGGUCAGGAACCUGCUGGAUAAGCUGACUGUGAUGUGCCCUCACUAUGAAGAGUGCCAGCAGCAGAUGCAGCGCUGUGAACUGCAGCCUCACCUGCACAACAGAUGUCCUGUUUUUAGAAGGCUGAGGGAGGAAGCAGAGAAGAGGAAGAGGCCCUCGUGGAAUGAGUUAAAGGGACGUAAGGGAGACGGGGAGUUGUCUGGUGAUGCUAAACAUUCAGCAACACUGUCUCGAAAUCCCACCCGGGAGCAGCCUGAGCCUGGGCUGAUUAAUCCUGCCUAUGAGGAAAGUGAGGACGAUAACACCCCUCUGCGGUCCAGCCUGGUGGCCGAAGCCAACGUGGUGGAGCUGUUCAGAGAUGAACCAGAGGAGGAGCUGGGCUUUCGAAUCGUGGGGGGGAAAGACACGCCGCUGGGUAACAUAGUCAUUCAGGAGAUUGUCCGGGACUUGCCAGCAGCUCGUGAUGGCAGACUGGCCCCAGGGGACCACAUCUUAGAGGUGAAUGAUGUCAGCCUGGCCUCAGUCCCCCACGCCCGGGCCGUCGCGGUGCUGCGGCAGUCUUCCCUCCUCAGACUCACCGUCAUGCAGGAGAAAGGCUUCAAAACGAGGGACCCGCGGUCUGAUCAUCACCCUUCCUCUUCCUCCUCCUCUUCCACCUCCACCGCCCCGCAGUCCUCUCACAGUCCCCAUGGCAACGCUACCUCCAACCACAACCCCGGCACGGUCCUGCAGGUGACGCUGAUGAAGACCCAGCGCACCGAACCGCUCGGCAUCAAACUCAUCCGCAAGUCGGACGAGAGCGGGGUUUUCAUCCUGGACCUGCUGUCUGGUGGUUUGGCAGCCAAAGAUGGAAAACUGAGGAACAAUGACAAAGUGUUGGCCAUUAAUGGACAUGACUUGAGACACGGUACGCCUGAGAGCGCUGCCCAGAUCAUACAGGCCAGUGAGGUGCGUGUGAACUUUGUGGUGAUGAGACCUGCAGAGGCUCAGGAGGAAGGAGGAAGCAGCAGAGAGGGACAACACAGUAGAUCAGGCAGGAGGGCGCCUGAGCCACAGUACUUCAGACGCCGCUCCACCUACAUGAAGGAUCCUCCAGGUGGGUUUUCCAGCCAGGAGAAGACUGUGAGCCUGAAGAAGGAGCCUCGGCUUUCCCUGGGCAUCACCAUUGCCGGGGGGAGGGACUGUCGCAGUCGCCUGCCUGUCUACAUCACGAGUGUGCAGCCUGUCGGCUGUUUGCACCGAGAUGGCACCAUCAAAAGAGGCGACGUUCUGCUGAGUAUCAACGGUGUCGAUCUGACCCAGCUGACCUACAACGAGGCCGUUUCUGUGCUGAAGGCUCAGACGGCUCAGUCCCAGGUGGUGCUGCGUGUCAUCCAGACCAUCUCCGAGGACUCAGAGGAGGAAAGUGAGGCUGCAAACAAGGACGAACUGGACCCUGUGGACGACCCACGAGAUGACACCCUCAACUGGACACCGCUGUGGACUCGCUGGUUGGGAUUACCGAGUAACAUGCACUGGUGCCGGGACAUCGUCCUGCAGAAAACCAACAACGAGAGCUGGGGCUUCAGUAUCGUCGGGGGCUACGAGGAGAGCCACGGCCAGCAGCCUUUUUUCAUCAAAACCAUCGUGCCUGGUACACCUGCUCACUUUGACGGACGCCUCAAGUGCGGUGAUGAGAUCGUAGCGGUGAACGGAGCCACAACAGUGGGAAUGAACAACUCAUCUCUCAUCCCCAUGCUCAAGCUGCAGAAGAAUAAAGUCACACUGACUGUGGUGUCCUGGCCCGGCAGUCUAGUGUAGAAAACACACAUCCCCCCCCCCCACCCCAUACACACACUUUGCCCUGUUCGGCUGCAUUCUUGACUGGGCCACUCACUAUCCCCCUCAUUUGUAACUCGUUCGGUUACGUUCUUGUUAAGGCUUUUCAUCAGCUGUGUAACACAGACCAUGUGUGUACAUAGGAACCACCCUGUGUACAAUGGUACCUGUUUGUCUCAGAUGUCUGGUGCACUCACAGGGCAGUUUAAUCAGGGUACAAAGUUGAUGACAAUCAGUGAAUUAUAUGCUAAGGACAAACGGGAAGGAUUGUUAUUUACCUUUCUGAGCCUCUUCUGUAGCUUUAUCUAUAUUUUUGCCUUCCUGUUGGGUAAUUUUAUCAUUUAAUCACAACUUGAUUCAAGUGAUUCACAUAAACAGCAUCCAAAGAUGAAAUGUAGAGCUUACAGUACAUGUAGACAGUUGUAAUGAUGAGUUUUAGAGGACUACAUAUAACAAAAUGGCUGCUGACUGUACAGACUAAUGCCAAAGACAGAAAUCAUCCUCUCUUGUGUCAGUAGUGUGGUUUUACAAACUUUACCAACAGAAUGAUGAAGCCGUGAUGGAACUUUUAAGUAAAUUGAAUCAAAGUGACGUUAAGAAUAAAAUCAACAGCUACGGCCACAUUGUGUUAUAAAAGGAGACUUUUAUUUUAACAGGAAAGCUAAAGAAGAGAUCUGCAGUCACCUUUAGUCUACAGCUUUGAUGCUGGUACCGACAGAAAUGCUCAGUUUAAAGAGUCUGAGUCUUAGCUCUGCCAUAAAAGUAAUCAUUAAAAUCUUACACUUGUGUAAACUUCACAGGAAACGCGCAUUGGACCGUUUAUUCAGAAUUGGUAGGAAACAGCUUGGGUGCAAGUUUGUUUCCUGUUCACUCUUGAUUAUAGCAAAUGCUUGUACACAGUGAUAUCGUUAUUUAAAACUGUGAGUGGGUCUGUAGCAGCGAAAAAGUCUGUGAUCAAUGUUUGGUUUUAUCAUAAGUGUUGUUAAUCCAUAAAUGAAACAAUUUUUUAUUCAACUUUUGAUUUUAUUAAUUGAUACAUGUCCCUGUACUAGUGCUCUGUAUUUAUUGGCUCAUACUGAAUGACUUUGAUAAGCGGGUGCCUUGUUGUAGACAUUGAAGGACAAACCAGAAUGUAUACUUGCCUUAAUUUGCCACUCUACCAAAAUGUGUUUUUCCUCAUUAUUUCCUCUCAUUAUAUACUGUAUAUACUUUAGAUAUAAAUUCAAAGGUGAACGGCCUAGUCCAGAUAAAUUUGUGUUACCUCGUUUUUUGUGUCAACAUUCCAGUGGCCUUUCCUGUAUCUUAACUGAUGCAAGGACUUAUUGAACAAUACAAAAUAUUGUUACAGAAUUAGUUUUUUUGGAGUCAGAGUGGCUGUGAAAUAUUAGCUGUGUAUUCGUUGUCCCGUCCAUCGUUUCAUUAUGUUCAAUAAAAUCAUAAUAAAUCA